UAGUACCAGUCUCUUUCACAAUUCAAGAUGGCGGCCGAUGCCAUUCGGCGGUCUUUUCAAACUUGACAAGCCCUUUUCAUUGGUAACUCCUGGAGAAAACAAACAGUUGCCGUAAUGCAAUGACUAAUUUGCCAAGAAUAUAAGCAUGGAGAGGCUGGAUCUACCACCGAGAAUAAUCAGUGCUUUGAGAAAAGCCCGCAUAUCCAGCAUGCACCAAGUAAUAUGUAUGUCCGCGGCAGAUUUAGAGCGCAGCACAAAGCUAUCAAUCACAGAUGUCCAACUUCUACAGCAAGUUGUCUCGGCUGUCAUUCCACGACCACCCAUGCAGUCUGCUCUGGAGAUGUACCAGGAUUGUUUGAGCGGUGGAAGGCGUGUCAGUGUAGGGUGUCCUGUCCUAGAUAAGGUGCUGAAAGGGGGGCUUCUCUGUCAUGGAAUCACAGAGAUCACAGGAGAGAGUGCAUCUGGUAAAACGCAGCUGUGUCUGCAACUAUGUCUGUCUGUGCAGCUACCCAAGGUCAGGGGAGGCCUAGAGGGAGGUGCCUUGUACAUAUCCACAGAAGAUGUAUUUCCCAGCAAACGUCUUCAUCAACUCAUCCCAAACUUUUUACAGGCCCUUCCAACACAAGUUGCUGCUCAGCUAAAGCUUGGAGACAAUAUCUUUAUAGAGCAUGCCUCAGAUGUGGAUGAGCUAAAGGACAUCAUCUAUACUCGCUUACCAAUUCUCCUAAGCCAGCGUAAAGUCCAGCUAGUGGUGAUUGACUCUGUAACAGCACUAUUCCGAGUGGAGUUUGGUUUAGGAGAGAUGUCUUACCGUGGAAAAGUGUUGAGGUCAUUUGGGGCUCAGUUGCACAAGCUUAGUCAUGAUUAUCAAGUUGCUGUUGUUUGUGUUAAUCAGGUUUCCGAUGUUGUGAAUGGCAGCAAUACAGACAGGUUGCACAAAGUUAUCCCAGCUUUGGGCCUAGCAUGGUCUAGUAUGGUCACUGUAAGGCUUAUGCUCUCGCGCACAGAGGAGUAUGUUCACAGUACAACAAGAAUAGCUGACAAGCAAACUCUAGCCCCUGGUAAAGUGGUCAAGCGCUUGCUCUCAGUGGUGUUUGCACCUCAUUUGCCAAGCAAAUCCUGGCCAUUUGUCGUCCAAGAGGAUGGAGUACAUGGCAUCCAGGAAGAAUCAUAACAUAUGAUGGUUCUUCCAAAAUGUAUACCAAGCCCUGUUCUAAAAGCUUUUAUAAGCAUUGCCAAACUUCACUGGAACCUCAAUAUAACAAGGGACAAAAAACAUAAUAAGGGAUAUCAUUUUAUUGAGGGAGGACCUGAAAUUUAUAUUGUUAAACCAAGAGUAUUGUUACAACUAUUUCCCAGGUUUUCAAACCCAGCCUCAUUUGUUUUGUGUAGAGAGAAGUAAGGGAUGGGUAAUGUGACAAAGUCUAGUUCCCAGUGCAGGAUCAAAGAAACUGCAGAGCAUACACUUUCCUAGAACUUUAGAAGUAUAUUUGUAUGCUGUUAAACAAAUAUUUAAAUGGAAGUGUAUAGUUCAAAGCAAAAUAAAUUAUAACGAUUCUCAAUACAUCGUGACCCUUCACCUUGUAAUGGUGAUUUUGGUUAUUUUUUGGACGUCAAUCAUCCACGUUUCCAUAACGAUCAUGCAGACUUCAUUUGUUUUGUGUAUCAAAAGUUGUAGUCGACUUUACUCAGGGACACAUUUGAAAACACAGUAAAGAAAUGCAAAAGUUCAGUUCUCAUAAAAGGAUAAAAAAUGUAUUGCAAAACAUUCAAGCCUUGUUCCAAAUGCUUUGAAGCAAUUUCAGCUGAUCAUACAAGUCAAACAGACCUACGCACUUCAAUUUUCAAUCUCACAAACAAAUGAAGUUGACUGCGAAACUACGAUCAUUAUGGAAACAUGAACUAACCAAAAGCACUUUUAGAACGUCAAGGCAAUGGGUCACUAUGUAUUGAGAAUUGCUAUGUUUACUUCAUAUAUCUGUACAUCUUGAAUUUGCAAAUGACAUCAAUGACUGCUUUGUAGCAGGCUUCCCCAUAGUGCUAAAGAGAAGAAAAUCAUACCAUGGUAUGAUUUAGAGUUUUCUAUACAAAUGAAAAAACCAUUCAUUCAAUAAUUUAUCAGAAACUUCACAACACCAUUUUCUAUGCUUCCAUUGUUUAUUUAAAAUCAGAAGUAGGUAUGUAAGUGUAGGUCAGUGUUUGACUCUAGUGUUACUUGAGUUAAGCAUUUGACCAUUACUUACAGAGGGUCAAAAUUACUGAACCAAUUUAGACAGGAAUGGCUUCUUAGCGAGCCACCUUCAUAGCAAGCACUUUCAUUUCAGUCAAACCCAAAGUUGUCGCUUGGUCAAACUUUCCACUAAAACCAAUGGAAACACUUGCUAUGUAGACUAUUCUUAGUGUGAUAUACAUUCCUGUAGCCACCAAGACAAAGUUUUGAGAAAUUAAGCUAAUUGUGAUGCAAAAUUUGCUGUCUGGACACAAAUGCUCAAAGCAUUUCAUUGACUUGCUAAUAGGCUUAGUGGGUAUUCUGAGACUGUCAUGGUGGCUACAACAGAGUGAGUGACACUGCAAACAGUCGUAGGAAUGGCAAGGCCAUAGCUAGAAAACACUGUUUCUUUAGUUGACUUGUGGUCAAGCACUAUUUUUUCAUGUCUUGUAAAUUCCUACUGAACUAUGGGGGCAGCUGCCCCCCCCCCCUGGUCCUGUGCUAGCUAUGGCCCCGCCCCUGUGCUAGCUAUGGCCCCGUCCCUGUGCUAAGCUAUGGCAUGGAUAAAACACAUGUACUUAAAAUAAAAAUAAAUGUUCUCUGUACCAUCCGUGGUAUUGUUGGCUGCAUCAACUGCAGGGAUCAAAUAAAAAAGAAUUUAAAAA